AACCCUUAUUACAAAGGACUAUUUUGAGAAUUUACUAUUUUUUUUGUAAAAGUCAAACGAAACAAACCCUAGAUAGCAUUAGAAUCCGUUCUACUCUAAACUAUCCACUUGCUCGUUGCCUCCUCACAAGUCACAACGAAGGAAAUGAAGAACGGGGCAGAUCGGGAAACGUCCUUUUCGUCUUCUCCGAAAACUGCUUCCGAUGACGACGACGAGGAGGAGAUAGAUUACUCAGCGAAGCCGGAGUUUUACGACUCCGACCUGGACAACAAGGAUGAAUCAUGGGCUCAGAAGAAAAGGGGCGGCCGUACCUCCGAUGCCACCCUCAGUUGCCCCGCUUGCUUCACCACACUCUGUCUUGAUUGCCAGAGGCAUGAGAAGAACGUGACCCAAUAUCGAGCCAUCUUUGUGGUCAAUUGUAAGAUUGAGGACGAACCACAACUCGGAAGUAAACGAAAGAGGGACAGAAGGAAUGGGGAACCAGAGGCACGUCCUGCUUCGGCCGAUGGAGCUGAAACUUUUAAACAUGUGUGCUGUAGUGUGUGUUUAACAAAGGUCGGAGUCAUUGAUGAAGAUGAGGUCUACCAUUUCUUGAAUGUUCUCCCUAGCGAGUGUUGACGUUUUUUUUAAGUUUUUGCUUACUAGUAACUGCAAAUAUGUAGUUUUUGUGUGUUUUUUCGCCCCCCCCCACCCAACCCAAUGUAGUGCUUCAAAUCUUUGUGUUAAAAAUAAAUGGUGUCCAAAAUU